AUUGAGAGUUUGGUGGGAGAAGAGGAGAAAAAAAAACAAGAGAGGGUAGGAAUUAUCGGAAAGUUUGACUUUAUUGGCUUGCGUUGGGUUUGGUGACAGAGAGAAGAGAGAGAGGGAAACUCUGGAUUUCACCUCCUACCGUCCUUCGUGACGGUCCUCUUCCUUCGACCUCUUCAGGUAAAUUGACAUAUGAUGAUGCCUGGAGGUAACUAUUUGGCUAGUACGGAUGUUUGGAAAUGGUUUUUGAAGGUGAUCUUGAUUUGAAUCUUGAGGUUCCUGGUACAUUUUUUGAGACAUGGAAAGGAUUUGUAUCUUGCCAAGUUGCUUCCACUAUUGGUUGCUUUUAUCCCAACAAGUGCUUGACCGCCAAUUCUUCAUCCAUAGAGAUUUUAUUCUUGUUUCUUUUGUCAAUUGCACCUAGUCUUUUGUUCUACGUUAAUGAUCGGCACAGUGUACUCAAUGCUUGUUUCUUCUGAGACCAGUGCAGCAUCUUUGGGGAACACGUAUGAGUACAAGUUAAUUAAAGAAGUUGGUGAUGGAACGUUUGGGAGUGUUUGGAGAGCCAUUAAUAAGCAAAGUGGUGAAGUUGUUGCAAUAAAGAAAAUGAAGAAGAAAUAUUACUCUUGGGAGGAGUGUGUAAACCUAAGAGAAGUCAAGUCGCUGCGAAAAAUGAACCACCCAAAUAUUGUCAAGCUGAAGGAAGUUAUUCGAGAAUGUGACACUCUGUGCCUUGUUUUUGAGUAUAUGGAAUACAACCUGUACCAACAAAUGAAAAACAGGGAAAAACUGUUUUCUGAAGGUGAAGUUAGAAAUUGGUGUUUUCAAGUUUUCCAAGGUUUAGCUUACAUGCACCAGCGUGGAUACUUUCACCGUGAUCUGAAGCCAGAAAACUUGCUGGUCACCAAGGAUGUCAUUAAGAUUGCUGAUUUUGGCCUAGCCCGAGAGAUCAGUUCACAGCCACCCUAUACUGAGUAUGUCUCCACACGGUGGUAUCGUGCUCCUGAAGUCCUACUUCAGUCCCAUUUAUAUGGAUCUAAAGUCGAUAUGUGGGCAAUGGGUGCUAUUAUGGCUGAGUUGUUCACUCUACGUCCUCUAUUCCCCGGUACUAGUGAAGCGGAUGAAAUCUACAAAAUAUGCAGUGUAAUAGGUAGUCCCACAACUGAAUCUUGGGCAGAUGGACUCAAGCUUGCCAGGGAUAUCAACUAUCAGUUUCCACAGCUUGCUAGUGUACAUCUCUCUGCUCUGAUCCCAUCCAGAAGUGAUAGUGCAAUUAACCUUGUUAGCUCACUUUGUUCAUGGGAUCCCUGCAAGAGACCAACAGCAUCAGAGGCCCUUCAACAUCCUUUCUUUCAGAGUUGCUUUUACAUCCCUCCAUCCCUUCGCACAAGAGCUGUGGCCAGAACUCCUCCAUCUGCUGGGACCAGGGGUUCACUGGACCGUCAGGGACUCAAGAGAUACUCUAGUGCUUUGCCUAAUACAAAAUUCACAAACAAUUUUUCUUCCCCUAAAUUACAUGCUUCUAUAGCUUCAGGUGUGCAACGGAAGUUGGAUUUGGCAACCGAGGAUGGAAUUAAGAGCAAGAAGUCAUUGAAGACUACUCAACAAUCAAAAUAUCGAUUUCCAGGAAAAGACAGCCCGACUUCUAUGAACAAGGGAAGGACUGCACGCGGGGUUUCAGAAAGCGCCGAAAAGUUGGCCAAUAUGUCCAUCGGUUCGCGAAGACAGUCGAUGGGACAAAGCCGUCCAUCGCCUGCAAUGAAGGCGGGAGUCAAUUGUAUAUCUGAAUCUGGAAACUUCAUACUCAGAUCCGGACAACAAAAUCCAACAACUGAGAGAAGUUUGACUAGAAAAGUUGCUGGCUGAGAUGACUUUGGAGAAUCUUCGAUAGAUCCAUAUUUUAAAUUGUGCCAAUACACAUCGAUAGAUCCAUAUAUUAUGGGUUUGCACCUGCCCUGCUGAGUUGGUGAUGGUUUUCGUUACUAUUACUGGUUUUUUCAUAUAGAUUUCAUUGACACACCAUCAGUCGUGCCAAAGUGUUUAUAUAAAAGCUUCUUCAUUAAUGGUGCUCAACAAGUUCCAGUGUCACCCUCACUCUGUUUGAUGUGUGUUCACUGAAUAUCCCGACAUCAUUUUUUUAUUUUAUUUUAAGAAUCAGGUUUUCCAAAAUUAUAAACCUCAAUAUUCUUUAUUGUUUUCUCCAUAAAUGUAUUUUAUUUAACCACUAAAUCUUUAAACCGUGUUUUCCAUUAUGCAGUUCC